AUGUCCUCAGUUCAAGCUGUAAUACUGAGCUCACAGCUGAAAGAAAUGUUAAGGAAUGUUGAUUCUCAGGAAAUAUCUCAGGGAAUGUAUAAACCAAUCAAACUCAUUUAUCAUCCAGGGCAGUCAUUCUAUGUCAUCAAACAGCCAGCAAAAAUCACUGCAGUAUUCCCAAUGCGCUUCAAAGAAAAUACAGAUGUGAUUAUUGCAAUAGCCUUCUUUCAGGAGCUUGUGGUUGUUGGAAGUACUAGAGCAUGUGCUAAGGCGCCUCAUUGCAUCUGGUCGCCGAUACCACCUCCAGAGUUAAGAGGAGAACCCAUUGAAGAUCUGAGCACCAAAGGAGGAUUCGUUUCUUUAGGUAUUACAUUUUUACUUUCAAUAUUUUUAAAACAAAAUAACAGUGAAUAG